UGCAAUUUGACAGAUAAACAAAAGUCGGAUACGCAAAAAGUAGAACGAAAAUGACUGCAGCUGCACAUUGGAGUGAUUUUUGGGCGAAAAUAUUGUAAAUUUUAUUGUGAAAAUAGUGCUGAUUUGGAAGUGAAGGCAGUGUUUUACGACGGAAGUGGAUGAACGUCUAAGAAGCUGUUAAAUCGUGGAGUACAAUGUGAAAUUGACAAAGAUUUGAAGCUUGCAAAAAAGACGUGAAUUUGAAGUCAUCCCUCCUUUUAAAUGGGUGAAAAUUUUGCUAUCAAACAGUGAAGUGAUAAUGAUCAAAUGGAGGUUGUAAGUGAUUGUUAAAAUUAAACGGGUGCACAUUACAUCAUAUUUUGCCGAAAUCGCGCGAAGGCACCUCACAGAAGCAUGCUCGCUAUGAUGGAUAGCAACGAGAAUGAGAACUAUUGCUACCAACAUCAUCAACAGCACGAGCAGCAGCAGCAGCAGCCGUCGCCGAUAAUUGCGAAAACCGGGAACGUAAGCAAAGGGGCGAUACCGAAGGAUCGAAGCACCGGCUUGAAGUAUCAGAAUCAAUACAACAACAAUAAUAAUAUUGCCGAGCAGGAGAACUUGAUGCCGCAUCAGCAGGUAGAAGGCGAGACGGAAAAACCCGGCGAGGAGCCCACUUGUACCAGCAAUGGAACCGAGCCGCUGUUUCAGUCUACGAUAGCCGGUGUUGUAAAAACGGAGUCCGAAGAGCCCUUCUUGAAUGGCAAACGGGAACGAGGAAUCGAAGAUUCGGUGCUUCUUAAUCCUCUGGACGACGAAAAUGAUGGUGAACCGGAUGAUGGUGAUUCCGAUAACAACUCGCUCGGAAACCUGUCUUACAUUAGCGACAACGGUUUGAUUGAGGAAAUCAUUCUGUUGCCCAACAACAUCUAUUCGGACGACGAGAACGGUUCUGCUUCGGAUGACUGCAUCUACGCUUACCGAGGAGAUGACGAUGGUGCUCCGGCUUUACUGGAAUAUCGUGAACAACCCGCGGAUGAUGAGACUGACUUUCUAGAGAUGGAUUUCGAUCCGGAGCCCAGCUCGGAGUUGGAAAAUUUGAACGAACAUCCGGAUUUGGAUGGAGAUGGGGUGUUCCAGCCUGCUCCGUUGCCGGUGGAGAGAAUCUCCAGACAAGAUAUAGUCCGGUCACCCCUUAAAAGUCCAAACUUCGAGAGGGACUCGCCAAAUCGAAGAAAUGUGGAUGCUGUGGAUGAAGCGGAUGGUGCAUUGGCCACAUCCCCGAUUGUGCCCAUUGAAAAGAAGCAAACUGGAGCGAUUCCUAAAAAGUUUUCCUAUUCCCAACAGUCUACCGUGGAAGCAAGAGACUACGAACUUCCGGGAACCAGCAAAUCCUCCAUUAAGGGAAACUCGAAAAAUCUUAAACUGGAUCUCAGGCAUUGCACAGAAGCGUCCAGCAUUUCCGGUGGCCAUCGGUAUCACUACUCGUACUAUGAUGACUCGGAGUACAUUGCUGACGAUGACGAUGAUGAUGACGAGUCCAACUGCUGUCUAGAUUGCACAAAGAAAAAGGGUCUACUCAUGCAAACGAAGCAGGAUCUGAGCUUACAGAAAGUGUGUCGAUCGUGUCAUGCGCGCAAUCUGCAUCAGCAUCAGCAUCAUCAUCACGGGGGAACAGCAGGAGGAGCUCACUCUCACAUGGGUGACUAUUUCGCCGAUACUCUUCAGUCGUUGAACACGAGCACUUCGGAGGCGGACCUGAUGAGCGCCCGGGCGGAGCAAAUCGUUCUGCAGGCGUUGAACAAGGUCAACGAGUUGAAGGCCACUCCGCCGAGCAUGGGGCUGUCCAAGAGCAUGGAAGAACUGUGCGUCGAGCUGGAGGCGGACCAGAGGGAUCAGGAGGUACCCGAUGAUUUCUCGCAAGAUCUUUGUGCGGACAACACUGUAACAAUAUACACCAUAAAUUGUGGAGAAUUGACGAUAAUUGAAGCUUUGACUCGAAUCGGUGUUGCACCAAACUUGGAUGUCUUGCGGCAAUACUUCAACGAAAGGUACACUGUUGAUACGAGUAAGAUGAACAUCCCGCAGUACUUGCUGCAUAUGUCGAAACGCGACUGCAACUUCAGAAAGCUAAUCGAUGCCAUAAAAUCGUGCUGUGAUGAACCGUUGGAAGUACAAUACUAUCCGUUGGAUCCAUUCUCCGACAUACCCGAAGUGGUCCCAAUCAACUCCUACGAGAUCGCUAAACGAUGGAAUGCCAACACCAACCUGCGGCAGAUCAUCGAUUUCAAACACAAACACUUCCACACGCUGAAUGUGCUUGGCAAAAUAGUCAAUAUACUUCGGCAGCCAUCCCGAGGCAAGCAAACAAACCAGAUCAUCAAUAUCCCCCAGUACUACAAGAGUGGCUCCAUAACGAUAACCAGGAUAACCUGAACCGGCUUGGGCAAAUACGAUGAUUAAGCUCUCUUUGUGUACUUUCGUCUGAUCUAAGCACAGCUUUUAAACUUUAUGGUUUUGGUUCAGGAACGACCAUCCGUCAAUUCAAGCAAGGAACCGGGUUUUACGAAGAUUCUCAGUUAGUUCUAUAUACGAUGUUCAGGCAUGACGAUAUAUGUAUCCAAUCGAAGCUUGCUGGCACAAACUAGAAGAUCAUAUAUUAAUUUAUUGAACUCCGCUUCUGCUUUCCUUAACUACUUAUCUCGUAUCUUGCGUAAAUCUUUUGUACAUGAGCUUUCACCCUGCAACGCUAUCGAUAUGUUAAAACAAUUGUAAAUAUAGAUUGUCAAAUAUUUAUUACUACAAAUUAGCGUUUAGUGAACGGCAUAUCCUUGUUAGAAUGUAUACACACAAAAUGGGAAAUCUUUUAGUUCCGCAUGUGGAGCUGAGAUACACCCUAUAGGUUUAGACUGUUUCUAUCGAUGUAUAUCCCAGUUUACGAGAAAAGGACGGUUUACAAUAAAAAAAGGUAGCCUUGUCGUAGAGCAGGUUGAUGGAGCAGAAUGGAUUUACUAUUCAAAUCGCCACGAGCAACCGUUUAUUACUACGGGUUGUACCCAUAUUUAUUAUAUAAAACCAACAGCAGCAAUUUGUAUCACUAAAACAACCAACACAAAACUACAACCAGUAACAUCUAUCACGCUGAAUAUCUUACAAUUACCAUAUUGCUGAACAGGAAAUACAAGUUAAAAUUAAA